AUGGAGGUAAAAGUUAAUCGGAAAAACAAACCCUCCACCGAGGACGAACUGUUGCUGUUGUCGAAGCAAGAAUUGGUGGAUAAAAUCAAACAACUGGAAGCCCACAACACACAGCUCAAGAGUAUCGUGCAGAAAAACCUGAAAACGGACAACGGCGCGAGUGGGAAGUGCCGAAAGAAACGGCCGUUUGACUUCAGCAAAUGCCAUAAACGCCACAUUCUGUUGCGCUUCUAUUACCUCGGCUGGGACUAUCAAGGAUUUGCGGCGCAGGAGGAUUCAAUCGAAACGAUCGAACAUCACCUUUUCGCGGCGCUCGCGAAAGUCUGCCUCAUCGAGAGUCGUGAAACGUCCAACUACAAUCGCUGCGGUCGGACGGAUAAAGGGGUCAGUGCUUUCCACCAGGUGGUCAGUCUGGAUGUCCGGUCGAAGAUCGCCCCAGAAGAGGAUCAGCUGAGCGCCGCCAGUCUGAACGACGAGCUGGACUACUGUGCGAUGCUGAACCGUGUGCUACCGGAAGAGAUUCGGUGCGUGGCGUGGAUGCCGAUGGUGAACCCGCGAUACAGUGCACGGUUCGAUUGCAGGUCACGCACCUAUCGGUAUUUCUUUCCGCGUGGUGACCUCAACUUGGAAGCAAUGCGCGAGGCAUGCGCACAAUUCGUAGGAACGCACGAUUUUCGGAACUUUUGCAAAAUGGAUGUAGCGAACGGAGUGGUCAGCUUCGUUCGGAGUAUCGAACACAUGGCUAUCCAUCCGUCGCAGGCCGAUAGCCACGGCGAUCAGAGCUACGACAUGCUGUUUGUGGAGCUGCGGGCCAAGGCUUUCCUGUGGCAUCAGGUACGGUGUAUCAUGGCCGUGCUGCUACUGGUAGGGCAGGACCGCGAGCAGCCAACGAUCGUGAGGGAACUGCUGGACGUGAAGAGCAACCCCUGUAAACCACAGUACAGUAUGGCCAGCGAUGUUCCGCUGAAUCUGUACGAUUGCCAGUUCAACGAAAAGGGCAGCGAAGGCGCAGAAGCACCCGGUGAGAGCGAUUUGCGUGACUGGAUCUACAGCGAGGACGAUUUGCGGCGCACGAUCGUGGAUCUGCAAAGUUUGUGGACCCAGCAAAGCGUCAAAACCACCAUGAUGCGAGAAAUGUUGGCCACAUUGAGCAGCGUUUUGAAGGAGCGAUUUGACUCGAAGGACCCCAUCAGCAGUCAGGCUGAUUCACUAACGCUGGGCGUCAGAAGUCGAGAGUACUGUCCGCUGCUGGAGCGCCAACGCUGUGAAAGUCUUGAGAACCGCAUCGAGCAUUACACCAAGAAGCGACGCAUCGAGGUUAGCAACAAAUCAAUCACCGAGGAAAGCGAGCCUCGGGAGGAUGAAUACGAACGGGGCAAAACAGUGGCCAGCACAUAG